AAUAAAAAAACCCGGAACCUCUUUCUCUCUCCCCACUCGACUCUCUCUUUCUCUCUCUCUCUCUUCUUGCAUAUCUCUGCCCAGCCCCGAUCGAGGCACCUCCAGCCAUCGUCCGAUCACACGCAUGCCACCAUGAGAAGCGUUGACCCUUGAAAACCCUACCCCUGUGAUUCAGCCACCUGACGUGCCACCCUCCGCCUCAACGAGCUUGCUGAAGUCGUGCGCUGUCAUGGCUUCUAAGCCACUUUUCGAUGAUCUCUGGUAGCAUCUUGACCAGGGGGUGGUACAGGUGAACUCAUAAUGUUGAGAUGAAGAAAACCUAGCCAUGAAUUGGCUUCAAUCGUUGCUGGAGCAGAGGGAGGAGUCUCGUCAAAAUCUCAAAAAUUAUGAGAUUUCUAGGCCUCAAUCUAGCCAAUCCACGGGGAGGUGAGCUACACCACCACCGUAAAUGGUUCCAACGACUUUUGAUCCACGUUUACCAAGUGUUUUUUGAGCCCUCAACCGUGUGUAGGUGGUGACGCCGCUGCCGCUUCCAGGUUCCAGGUAGGGAGAGCGUGGACUUGGAAUUGACAUGAGGAGGGUGGUUGGGUCUUCUUCCAUCUCCAACGAGUUCUCCGGCUUUAGAUCCAUGGCCUCCGUCUCCGGCGAGUUCUCUGACUUUAUAUCCAUGAGCUCCCUCUCUGGCAGGUUAUCCAGUUUCAGAUACAUGACCACCAUACCUGCAAAAAGAAGCAAUGGAAGAAGAAAGAAAACGUUUGACUAUUUUGAUUUUUUUAUUGGAUAUAGUUUGAGGUUUGAGUUUAGAUUUGUAUUUUGUUUUGUAUAUCAUAUUUUUAUUUUUAAAAUUAAUUAAUAUAUUAUUUUAAAAUCUUUUUUUUUAAUUAUUUAAUUAAUAAACUAAAUCAGAAUGCGAGGCUAUUUCGGUCCUAUUGAAAAAAUAUUUGACCAAAAUUAUACUCGUACUAUUGAUCAAUUUUUACAAAAGUUAGGGUUUGAAAUAUUAUUUAACAAAAUAUAAUGACCAUCGAGUAUUCGAGUAAGGCAAAACAAAUAUUUUCCCUAUUUAACAAGAAUACUUAUUUGUAGUUAGUGGAUGAAAUGAAACAUAUAAUAUAAUUUAAGAAGAAGAAAUAUUUAUUUGUAGUUACAAGGCUGAAAAAGCGUUAUAGCUACGCUACGCGGGUGAUAUCUCUACUAAGUAUAAAAUACUUGAAUCAUAUAGGGAAUUCAAUCAACACACAUUCUCAUUCUCAUUCUCUUUUUCUUUGAUUCUUUAAAUUCAUCACUCGCAAAUGGUUACCAACCCCAACAAAUGCUUCCAGGUAGCUGAACCUCCAAACGACUCAAUUUCGAGCUUGAGUUUCAGUCCAAAGGCCGAUUUGCUGGUGGCAACGUCAUGGGACAAUGAAGUUAGGUGCUGGGAAAUAAAGCACAAUAGUAGCAAUGGUACGACUGAGACUAGGCUCAAGGCUUCAAUAUCUCAUGAGCAACCUGUACUGUGCUCCACUUGGAACGAUGAUGGAACAAUCGUUUUCUCUGGUGGCUGCGACAACCAAGUCAAAAUGUGGCCUUUGACGACACCUGAUGCCCAGCCAACGACCGUCGCCACUCACCAUGCCCCCAUCAAAGAUCUUGCUUGGAUUCCAGAGAUGGAGCUCUUGGUCACAGGAAGCUGGGACAGGACCUUAAAGUAUUGGGAUAUUAGGCAGGCAAGUCCAGUGCAUACUCAGCCACUUCCUGAUCGUUGCUACACAUUAUCAGUGAGACAUCCUUUCAUGGUUGUUGGCACUGCAGAUAUAACUCUGAUAGUUUUCGACUUGAGAAAUCCUCAGGUUGAAAUGAGGAGAUUCCCCUCACCCCUCAUUUACCAGACAAGAUGUGUUGCUAUCUUUCCUGAUAACCAGGGUUUCUUGGUUGGCUCAAUAGAAGGAAGAGUUGGUGUGCAACAUUUUGACUUCUCACAACAAUAUAAGAACUAUACUUUCAAGAGUCACAAAGAUGGAAACACUUUGUACUCAGUCAACUCCAUAAACUUCCAACCUGUUUAUCACACAUUCUCAACUGCAGGCUCUGAUGGUGUUGUUACCAUAUGGGAUAAGAACAGCAAACAAAAACUCAAGACCAUCGCAAAGUGCAAUCAACCAGUAUCAUGUGCCACCUUCAACAACAACGGUUCAAUAUUUGUCUACUCGGUGUGUUACGACUGGAGUAAAGGUGAAGUUGAACAAGAUCCAGGGACAUCAAAGUCCCAAAUUUUUUUGCAUUUCCCAAAGGUAUAAAGGAAUCUCAUGUCAAACCACAAUUUGGAACCGGGUUUUAUUAAGUGACAUAGCUCAUAUAUAUCAGAUGACAAAGAAGAUAUUCUAGAGUCAAUUACUAAUUAGACAUGAGUAUUAAAUCUUGUUUAGUCAUACUGAGAAAGAGCUCCUAUUUAUAUGUAUGUGUCCAGCUUCCUUUAGCUUUUUUGUAAUUCUUAUUUCUCUGCUUAUCUACUUAUAUGUUUAAUGUUCUUAGAGAUCCCAAUAGUACAGUUUUUUCCUUUUCCAAAGUGUUAUAUUUUGUAAACAUUUUCCAUUCAAUAAAAAGAUCUCUCCUAUUAGACCA